GCUUCCAUAUGUAGAAGCAGUCAGCCUUUAUCUGGCUUUAGUGCUCGAUGCCUCGAGGAUGAACAGAUGCUCCAGGCCAUUAGAAAAGCAAAUCCUGGAAGUGAUUUUCUGUAUGUUGUUGACACCCGACCCAAACUCAACGCAAUGGCGAACAGAGCAGCAGGGAAGGGAUAUGAAAAUGAAGACAACUACUCCAACAUCAAGUUUCAAUUCAUAGGCAUUGAGAACAUCCAUGUCAUGAGAAAUAGUCUGCAGAAAAUGCUUGAAGUUUGUGAGCUGAAAUCGCCUUCAAUGAGUGACUUUCUGUGGGGCCUAGAAAAUUCUGGCUGGCUGAAGCAUAUCAAAGCCAUUAUGGAUGCUGGCAUUUUUAUUGCAAAGGCUGUGGCUGAGGAAGGUGUGAGUGUGCUUGUUCACUGCUCUGAUGGCUGGGAUAGGACAGCCCAGGUUUGCUCUGUAGCGAGCCUUCUAUUGGAUCCAUAUUACAGAACUAUGAAGGGAUUCAUGGUGUUAAUUGAAAAAGACUGGGUCUCCUUUGGUCACAAAUUUAACCACAGGUAUGGCAAUUUAGAUGGUGAUCCGAAGGAGAUAUCCCCUGUUAUUGACCAGUUCAUCGAGUGUGUUUGGCAAUUAAUGGAACAGUUUCCUUGUGCCUUUGAAUUCAACGAGAGAUUCCUUAUCCACAUACAGCAUCAUAUCUAUUCUUGCCAGUUUGGGAACUUUCUGUGCAAUAGCCAGAAGGAGAGACGAGAGCUGAAAAUCCAUGAACGAACAUAUUCAUUGUGGGCUCACUUGUGGAAAAACCGUGCUGAUUACCUGAAUCCUUUGUACAGACCAGACCACAGUCAAACCCAAGGGACCCUGCGCCCACAGAUGGCUCCAUGCAACUUCUUGUACAAGUUCUGGAGUGGUAUGUACAACCGCUUUGAAAAGGGGCUGCAUCCUCGACAGUCAGUUACUGACUAUCUGAUGGCAGUGAAGGAAGAAACUCAGCAGCUGGAAGAAGAGCUGGAGGUCUUAGGAGAGAGGUUGGCGAAUCUUCAGAAAUCACAAUUAAAUGAUAAUGAAGUGAAGAGUAAGCAACAAGACCGAAGCAAACAGCUAGGGCUUUCUACUUCCAACAACAGCUUAGCUAACACUCCCCAGGAGUAUAGCAAUGAUCUGAAGUCAUUCCCAUCCCGGAGCCCUUCACAAGGGGACGAAGAAGAUUCAGCCCUGAUUUUGACACAGGACAACCUGAAAAGCUCUGAUCCUGACCUCUCAGCUAACAGUGAUCAGGAGUCUGGUGUGGAGGACUUAAGCUGUAGGUCCCCAAGCGGAGGUGGCUGCUUGCCUAGUGAAGACAGUGGCAAGGAUUCAGAUGAGGCUGUAUUUCUGGCAGUCUGA